AUGGCGGCCAACGUGGGUGAUCAGCGCGGCGCAGAUUGGUCCUCUCAGUACAGCAUGGUGGCCGGGGCAGGCAGAGAGAACGGCAUGGAGACUCCCAUGCACGAGAACCCGGAGUGGGAGAAGGCCCGCCAGGCCCUGGCCAGCAUCAGCAAAGCGGGAGCCGCCGGCAGCUCCGCCAAGGCCAGCAGCAAUGGGCCUGUGGCCAGUGCACAGUAUGUGUCGCAGGCAGAGGCCUCGGCCCUGCAGCAGCAGCAGUACUACCAGUGGUACCAGCAGUACAACUACACCUACCCCUACAGCUACUACUACCCGGUGAGCGUGUACCAGAGCUACGGCUCCCCCUCCCAGUACAGCAUGGCCAGCUCCUAUGGUUCAGCCGCGCCGCAGCACCAAGGGCCUCUGAGCCAGCCCCCCGUCCCUGGCAUGGACGAAGGCAUGCCCUACCAGGCGCCCCCUCAGCAGAUGCCUGCGGCCCAGCCCCCCCAGCCCGCCAACCCCCCGCACGGUGCCCAUCCUCUGAGCAGCGGCCCCCAGCCUGGGACAGCCCCCGCCACCCAGCACAGCCAGGCGGGACCCGCGUCGGGUCAGGCCUACGGGCAGCACACCUACAGUGAGCCUGCCAAGCCCAAGAAGGGCCAGCAGCUGUGGAAUCGCAUGAAACCAGCCCCUGGGACUGGGGGACUCAAGUUCAACAUCCAGAAACGGCCCUUUCCCGUCACUAACCAGAACUUCAGCUCCACCACAGAGGGCCAGCACAGCGGCUUCGGCCCCCAGCCCAACCCCGAGAAAGCCCAGAACCACAGGGGGAACCUGUCUGGGAAGCCGGACGACUGGCCACAGGACAUGAAGGAGUACGUGGAGCGCUGCUUCACGGCCUGCGAGUCGGAGGAGGACAAGGACCGCACUGAGAAGCUGCUCAAGGAGGUGCUGCAAGCGCGGCUACAGGACGGCUCGGCCUACACCAUUGACUGGAGCCGCGAGCCCCUGCCCGGGCUGACUCGGGAGCCUGUGGCCGAGAGCCCAAAGAAGAAGCGGUGGGAGGCGCCCAGCACCCUCCAUCCUCCCCGAGGGGCAGCCUCCGCGACCAGGGGUGGGGGUGCCCAGUCCCAGCGAGGGACACCGGGGGCUGGAGGUGCCGGCCGAGCCCGGGGCAGCAGCUUCGCCAAGUUCGGCAACCGCAACGUCUUCAUGAAGGACCACAGCUCUUCCUCCAGCACCGACUCCCGCUCCCGCUCCUCCUCCCGCUCCCCCACCCGCCACUUCCGCCGCAGCGACUCGCACUCGGAUUCCGAGAGUUCCUGCUCAGGCAACGAGUGUCACCCUGUGGGCCGCAGGAACCCACCCCCGAAGGGCCGGGGAGGCCGGGGGGCCCACAUGGACCGGGGCCGGGGCCGGGCACAGCGGGGCAAGAGGCACGACCUGGGGCCCACCAAGCGCAGCCGCAAGAAGCUGGCGGCCCUGGAGUGCGAGGAGCCGGAGCGCGAGCUGAAGAAACAGAAGCGGGCGGCGCGCUUCCAGCACGGACACUCGCGCCGCCUGCGCCUGGAGCCCCUGGUGCUGCAGGUGGGCAGCCUGGAGGGCAGUGCGGCCGACCCCGACUGGCAGGAGCUGCAGAUCGUGGGCACCUGCCUGGACGUCACCAAGCACUACCUGCGCCUCACCUGUGCUCCCGACCCGUCCACCGUGCGCCCAGUGCCGGUUCUGAAGAAGUCGCUGUGCAUGGUCAAGUCCCACUGGAAGGAGAAGCAGGACUACGCCUUUGCCUGCGAACAGAUGAAGUCUAUCCGGCAGGACCUCACGGUGCAGGGUGUGCGCACGGAGUUCACGGUGGAGGUGUAUGAGACCCACGCGCGCAUUGCCCUGGAGAAGGCGGACCACGAAGAGUUCAACCAGUGCCAGACGCAGCUCAAGUCACUGUACGCCGAGAACCUGCCGGGCAACGUGGGCGAGUUCACCGCCUACCGCAUCCUCUAUUACAUCUUCACUAAGAACUCGGGAGACAUCACCACGGAGCUGGCGUACCUGACCCGGGAGCUGAAGGCGGACCCUUGCGUGGCCCACGCGCUGGCGCUCAGGGCUGCCUGGGCUCUGGGCAACUACCACCGCUUCUUCCGGCUCUACGCUCAUGCGCCCUGCAUGUCCGGCUACCUCGUGGACAAGUUUGCAGACCGGGAGCGCAAGGCUGCGCUCAAGGCAAUGAUCAAAACCUUCCGCCCAGCGCUGCCCAUCUCCUACCUGCAGGCCGAGCUGGCCUUCGAGGGCGAGGCCGCCUGCCGGGCCUUCUUGGAGCCCCUGGGCCUGGCCUACACGGGCCCGGACAACUCCAGCAUCGACUGCCGCCUCAGCUUGGCGCAGCUGCCGGCCUUCUGA